AUGGCUCGAAAUCAAGAUCAUUGGCCAGAGCAAAAGGAAUUCUCAACUUUAAACAGCGAGCUCGAAGUGAGACCCAAUGUCUCACUCUUUGCUACAGCUCAAAAGCUAAGUUAUCAUUGGGAUCUCAUUUACAAAUAUUCAUCUCUUAUUAAGCUGUAUAGACUGACUGCACUUUGUUUCAGGUUUGCCUCACGGCUUAAGAGAAAGCUCGAAACUCCUCCUGUGAUCAUCAUACCAUCCUGCGACAUGGAGAAGGCGCAGCUCUUCUGGAUUCACGCGACUCAACACUUGUAUUUCACCAGCGAAAUCAAGACGCUCAACUCAGGCUCAACCCUGCCUGCAACUCACCCCUUCAGUCGCCUCACCGCCUUCAUCGAUUCACAGGGAACAAUACGAGUAGGAGGAAGACUCACAAACACAGCGCUCAGCAGGGAUGAAAAACAUCCAGCGAUCCUCCCACGGGACGCUCACCUGUCGAAGAUCAUCAUUGAAGAUGCUCACAAGCGAACAUUUCACGGAGGAACGCAGCUCACGCUCGCAUACAUUCGACAACGGUACUGGAUCAUCGGUGGCAGAGCUCCUGUAAAAUCUCACAUUUUGAGAUGUGUCGUGUGUGCUCGUCAGAGGGGGAUUCGUGCUCGUCAGAUGAUGGGUCAACUACCUCUCUGUCGAGUCACACCAUCACGACCAUUCGCUCACACCGGUGUCGAUUAUGCAGGACCGAUCACAAUGAAAAAUUCAAAGGGAAGAGGCUCGAAAACAAUCAAAGGAUGGAUCUGCGUGUUCGUAUGUUUCUCCUCAUCAGCUGUUCACCUCGAGGUUGUCAGCGAUUACUCAACCGAGGGAUUUCUGGCAGCCUACAGAAGAUUCUCAUCACGAAGAGGGAUCGCUCACAAGUUGUACUCUGACUGUGGUACAAAUUUCAUUGGAGCACAGGCAGAGCUCAAACGCCUGUUCACGUCCAGUUCACAGGAGCACCGACAGAUCGCAUCGAUUCUGUCAGCUGACAGCACUCAAUGGAUGUUCAGCCCUCCAGCUGCUCCUCACAUGGGAGGGAAAUGGGAAGCUGUGGUGAAAUCAAUCAAGUACCAUCUCAGGAGAACAAUUGGUGAGCUCUUACUAACAUUCGAAGAGUUUUCCACUCUCCUCACACAGAUCGAAGCGGUGCUCAACUCAAGACCAUUGGAGCCGCUCAGUGACGAUCCCGACGACAUCUCUGCGCUCACCCCAGGACACUUCCUCAUCGGUUCAGCGCUCAACACGAUACCAGAACCAUCACUGCUCGACGUCUCACCAGGUAGAUUGUCGAAAUGGCAACCGAUCGAGCAGAGGGUUCAACACUUCUGGUCUCAGUGGUCUCGACACUACCUGCAGAGACUUCAAUCAAUCUCAAAGUGGCAUCACCCAUCGAACGACAUCAAAACAGGCUCGUUGGUGCUGCUCACGAACGAGCAUCUUCCACCGAGCAAGUGGCCACUCGCAAGAGUGACCGAAGUUCACCCCGGCAAGGAUGCCCUCACCAGGGUUGCAACCUUGAAGACUGCAACCACGACUCUCGUCCGACCGAUCACCAAGCUUGUCAUCCUGCCUGUUCACCAUCAAGCUGAGCUCACCUCUGCAGAAACAUCAUCAACGAGUUGCUGA